AUGACUCCGUCGCCGGCUGUUUCCACCACCACCCUCCUCUGCUGCUUCACCGCCACGUCGCCAACAAUGCGGCCGCCACGAGAUGUGCACCACGUCCGGCGUAGCAAGUUCUGCAUGCGAUUUGUGAGAUGGCUACGGUACACGGGACGCUCAUCUCCCAACCCGGACGCCAAGUCUCCCCUCCAGUAUGAAUACCCCAGCCGCGCGGAACAAUGCCCAGAUAUGCCAGAUAGGGAAAGCAAGAUGAUGGCAAACGCAGCAACCCGAGUCAACCCGCUGUCUUCCAAGAUCACACCCAUCCGCCUCUGA